UGGCCGCUCUAUGUGUAGUCAGUGUUGAUUUAUUGCCGAAUAUGUACCAUUACUAUGCUGAAGAUAUAGCUCUGGGUUCGUUUUACGACACCUAUGUACUAUUUAUGAUAUACAUGUUUCUGCCCAUACCGUUCAUAAAGCCUCCCCUGGCUUUGGGCAUAUCAGUAUCCAUGAUAUAUACUGGCUACUUCGUGUACUUUAUGUCAUCCACAUACCAUUACGAACUAACUGAAAUAAGCACAUACGAUUAUAUGAGCCUCGAUGUGGCGCAUUACGUUUGCUUCAAUCUGCUGGGCGCAUUCUUUCGCUAUAUGUCCGAAAUAAUAAUCCGCUCAUCGUUUCUGGAUCGCCAUCAGUACGUUUUGGAGGACAUUUGGUUGCGUAAUGCCCGCAAGCAGGAACUAAAACUGCUUCACAACAUAUUGCCACCACAAAUAGCACGUCCCAUACAGGAUUAUAUACGUAAUCGAAUUAUUGCGGAUAAGGAUGGGGUUGGACAUCCGAAUUUAAUAUUCGAACGCAUUAUAAGCAUACAAUUGCAUCCGCUAGUCUCCAUUCUUUAUGCGGAUGUGGUCAACUAUACCUAUUUAACAACAACUCUUUCGGUGGAGACGCUGGUUUCGCUGCUGCAUGAUCUCUAUGCUCGUUUCGAUAUGGCGGCCAUACGAUUUAAGGUUCAACGAAUCAAAUUCCUGGGCGACUGCUAUUAUUGCGUGGCUGGCCUUGUCCGCUCUAAUCCUGAUCAUGCCAAAAGCUGUGUGGAACUGGGACUGAGCAUGAUUCGACAUAUAAGAGAAGUUCGGUACAAAUCUUACAGGGAGGAAUGGAAAGUAGACAUCGAUAUGCGCAUCGGUGUGCACUCUGGCGACCUUUUCGCUGGGGUUGUCGGCAAGGCCAAAUUGCAAUACGAUGUUUGGGGAACCGAUGUUAAAAUAGCCAAUCGCUUGGAAUCUACCGGCAGGGCAGGCUAUGUUCACAUCAGCAAGCAAGUGCUGCACAUGCUGGGCGAUGAGUAUGAAGUGGAACCGGGACCAGAGGGAGCCGUUUCUGAUGAGUUUCUGAAACACCACAAUAUCGUGACGUACUUGAUUAAAUCAGGAGAUCCGGAAAUCCUCACUGAUAGUACCUACUCGCUCAAGAUCAUUGAAUCAUGGUCCGUCAUAGGAGUUUCAAGGGAGAACAGCCUUUAUGACUCCGCCAGUGUAGAACUACACAAUGAGCUCCACAAAAUGCCUGUUGGAGGCUUAAAAAUUAUGGAUUUGUUUAGCUGCAAGAAAGUGCAGAAGGUGGAGGAGGUGGAGGAAGAGGAAGAAAAGUUUCGUGAUAUGUCACUGUUCUGGCUUCACUUUCGUGAUCCAUCACAUGAGUGGAACUAUAUGCGUCAACCGGACUAUAUGUUUAAGAUCAGUAUUCUGCUUGCCUGGUUCAUUGGCGUCAGCCUCGUUGUAAUGCAGCUGAUAGAUCAGAAAAACCCCAGUUGGAUUACCAACGUAAUCGAUGUCGUACUCCUUGUGGGACUGAGCACCUUGCUCUUCAUUACCUGGUACAAAACGAUCUGCUAUUGCAGACAUGGAGACCGAGAGCUGUAUACACUUACAUACAGUCUCUUCAGCCAUUUUAUAUUCCGCAGUGCAGAUUAUAUACAAAAGAGCUUGGUGGUGCGCAUGUGCAUCUAUAUGUAUGUGAUUAUCGUAUACUUUGCUAUUCUGUCGAUCAUGCUGGCGGGCUGCAGCCGCGAUGAGUAUGAAGUUCUGAUGAUUGAUAGCAAGCUAUAUCACUACGAUCUGGAUGCCAACAUGUGCUUCCAUCCUUGGGUGAUGAGCAAUAUGGUUUCACUCAUCAUUGGCAUGAGCUUUAUUUUCACUCGAAUUCCAUUUAUGGCCAAAACUCUAGUUGGCGGAAUGGAAACUAUCAUAUAUAUGGUCUUAUUAUUCUUUCAGUUCGAGUUUAUUUUUCAUCACAGCCCGACUACAAAUCCGUUUUUUUUUACGGAGUAUGCUCAUAGCAUGCUUAUUGUUAUGACCUUAGUCAGCAUGUAUCUGAUGGAACGUCAAACCGAGUUUAACAAUAAAGUUAAUUUUAGCUGGCGGGUGGAGCUCAUGAAGAAGCAACGCGAUGCCCAUUUGACGAAUGAAUCUAUUUUAAUAAUGCUUAACAAUAUAUUGCCCUCUCACGUGGUUAACGUUUAUUUAACGUCGCUGGCCAAGGGCGAACUAUAUUAUGAAAACUACGAUAUGGUGGCCGUUAUGUUUGCCUCAAUUAAGGACUUCAAUAUAGAUUUAGCAAACUUGCGGCUGUUAAACGAAAUUAUAUCCGAAUUCGACAAGCUCCUAUCCUUCUAUAAGGACUACUAUAUGGUGGAGAAGAUUAAAAUAGUUAGUUGCACCUAUAUGGCUGCUUGCGGUCUAGACCUAGCACUGUCCGAUGGCAUCAGCAGGGAGUAUGGCUCUAUAAAAGAUGAGGUGGAACGCGCUCGACAGGCACGCGCAAGUCUUGGAGACCAGAGUCAGAACAAUGAGGAGGUUGUCUUUGUGCUCACCACAUUUGCCCUCGAUAUGAUGCGCACCCUGUGGGCCUUCAACAAUCUAUAUUUGAUGCAACAUAUGCCCUACGAUCGCGCUUUAUCGACCGGCAUCAUGAGCAUUGGAAUAUCGUGUGGUCAGGUGAUGGCCGGAGUAGUGGGGGCCUCGCAGCCCCACUAUGAUAUCUGGGGUGAUCCGGUGAAUAUGGCUUCACGAAUGGAUAGUACUGGGGUGCCAGGAAAAAUUCAAGUUACCGAAAAUACAGCCCUCAUAUUGCGAGAGUUCGGUAUACAGUGCAAUUAUCGGGGCAUGACAAUGGUAAAGGGCCGUGGCCAAAUACCCACCUAUUUCGUAGGCAUUGACGAGGACUACUAUUUCAAGAAUCAUGGUGAUAGUGCUCGGCGACCACGACACGGAGAUGGACAGACCCGUAACUUUUUGCUUGAACAGCGAGAGUCUAAUGCUGUGCCAACAGAUAACAUUAAAAACAAUGACUUUCAAAUGUAGAACAUACUAUAUGUUUGGUUGAUUCAGUAACUUGAGUUUUUACACUCAAAAUAAAUAGUAGAACAAAAAGUAAA